AUUGAAACAGCAUGUCUCCAUCUCGACGAUCAUUAAUUGCACUUGCAGCACUAUAUAAAUUUUUUUCGAGCGUUGGUUCGAUUGUUCGAAUAAUCAAAAUAUAAUCUCACGCAUCAUUUACGCUUGUACGAGCAACAUCAUACAGAAAGUGAUGUAGAAAACGAAGUAUCUCACUUCAGCAUUAUAAUUUAAAAUGGCGGAUUGAAAAAAAUAUAUUUAUACUUUUUGAAAAGAGAAUUAAUGAUGUGGAUGCGGAUCCAGCUUCCUCUUUUGUUCAUUUUGAUCACGUGUUGCUUGUCUAAACACCACCGCAGCAACAAAUACAGCAAAUUUAACAACGUCAAGACGGUAAAAGUAAAGAAAACAAGAAUAGCUGAAGCACCGAAACACCAUGCGAAAAAGUUCAAUAUUGAAGCUUCUCCACAAAGCAUUCUUGGAGAUUCCAUGCAAAUUAAAAUGAAAGGCGCUGACGGAAUGGAUGGUGCGGACGGACCUGAUGGUCCAACUGGGCCCGCAGGUCCAUCUGGUCCACCUGGUAUUCCAGGUCCAAAGGGAGAUCCAGGAAUUUGUCAACCCAGUGAAUGCGACUAUUUGAACAUCAUGCCUAUGGUAGCUCGCGUAACUUCACUAGAAAGGUACGCCACUGAGGGCGGGCCAGGAAUGAGUGGUGGUGUUGACAGUUCCGAAGCUGGAGGAGGUGGCGAAGGUCGUGCUGAAUCUAAUGGUUUAGGAGGUGGCGCAGGUUUUGGUGGUGGAGGCGGUGUUGGUUCGCCUGGCGGUGGUGGUGGAGGAGGAGGCGGUGGUGGUGGAGCAGACAGCGCUACUAGUACUACAUUUGACAAACCGGCACCACCUCCAGGACCUCCUCCUCCUCCACCUCCACCUCCUCCCCCACCACCCCCGCCACCAGGUACUGCUGGAGGCGGUGGAGGUGGAGGCGGCAGUGGAACAGGUGGCGGUGGAGGUGGGGGAUCUGGCGGUGGAGGUGGUGUUUCUACAGAUCCAAAAACAGGUUCAAAAAAAGAAUUUAAUAGCCGGAAACCAACCAGGGAUGAGGAUUCACCUCGAGGUAACGAAGCAAACAGCAUCAAACGAGAUGAAAUAAAUGAUCAAACCAAUAGAGAAUACUGGCAGAAGUUUGAAAUGAAAAUAAAAAAUGGCAUCCCAAUUGACGAAAGUUGAGCUCUUGUACUAAAAAUUACUUUGUAUAUAAUAUAUAUUUUUACAGAAAAAUAUGCAAUAUGUGUUUUA